AUGGACAGUAACAAUCAAGAAAAUUUUCUUGGAAAUAUCCAAAGUACGUUAAGAUCAAGUGAAUGGUUAUUUGCUAUUAUUGGUGGAAUUAUCAUUAUCAUUGGUAUCAUUGGUGUUAUUAUAUUACUCUGUAUUUGUCGUCAAGAAAACAGCGAGACUGGACCAACAUCUAGAUCAACACCAAGACGAAGUCAAAAAUAUGCGAACACACAGGAUAUUGAAAUUGGUGAGAGAGAUAUCUAUAUCCAUGAUGAAGAUUAG